AUGCUCACAUAUGAAAUGGCUCAUCGGCCCGAUCACAUCGGUAUCAAAAAGGCUUGGUUGACCUGGCAUUCUCAAAAUCUCGAAGAAUUUAGACAACGUCAGCCUGUUGUGAUUGCACAAGAUGAAAUAAUUCGUCGUUUCGUUCGUGGUUUUUUUCCAGAUUACAUCACCAUCGACGGAAGCGAGGUUCUGCUUUUUUUUUUUUUUUUUACUUUUGUGGCCUGCUUUGGGACGCCCCAGGAGCAGUGUGUAGUGCCGUCAGCGCAACCCAGUAAAGCAUAUGCCAGGAUUCCUUCAGCAAUCAUGAAACGGUUGCAGCUGAUUAUCAAGCGGCAAGGCAACUGCGUUCGAGUAGCUGGCUUCCUUCAUUACAAGAAUAGGUUGAACAUACGCGAAGUGUACUGGAUGUUUGGUUUCGCCGAGGAAUUCCUCUCAAUUCUUCUGAAGCAACCCGUUAAACUGGAAAUGCAGUUUCUGCCCGAUGAAAAAGAACUCGCAUACAAGUACAUAUGA